AUCCUCAAAAUCACAGAAAGAAAAAAAAUGACGUCACUUCUAAGGUCAAAGUUCGUGUUGACAUCCGCGGACUCACGGCUGUGUAAUGGCUGAAUUAGACAUUGGGAAGCAUUGUCAGAUUGAUACCUGCAACCAGAAAGAUUUCCUUCCAUUUGUUUGUGAUUGCUGCAGUGGAGUUUUCUGCCUUGAGCACAGAAGCAGAGAGGCCCAUUCAUGUCCAGAGGAGCCUGUGAAAAGAGAAUCCCACGCUGAGGGUGGCAGCACAAGUUAUCCCUGCUCUUUUCAAGAUUGCAAGGGAAAAGAAUUACUGCCCGUCAUAUGUUCGCAGUGUGAAAAACAUUUCUGUCUGGCCCAUCGUCAUCAAGAUGAUCACAAGUGUGAGAAGUUGGAGGUCCAAAAGCCUCGAAUGGCAGCCACAAAAGAGCUGGUGCAAAAGAUUAUUGAGUCAAAGGAUGGAUCCAAAAGUAAAGGACGCAGAGGAGCAAAGAACAGUGCAACUGCUGCUAAGGUAGCAUUAAUGAAACUGAAGCUGCAUGCUGCAGGAGACAAGGGACUGCCACAGACAGAAAGAACAUAUUUUCAGGUGUAUCUUCCUAAAGAAUCCAAAGACUCCAGCCAACCCAUGUUUUUCUGUUCCAAAUGGAGUGUGGGCAAAGUGGUGGAUUACGCAGCCUGUUUAGCUAGCCUCAAGAACAACAAUAAUGUACUGACAGCUAAGAAGUUACGGUUGUGUCACCCCCAGACAGGUGAGGCUUUGCGGAUGGAUGCCUCCCUGCUCUCGCUGCUGGCUCACCCAGAAACUCCCCUGUACAAUGGGGGAAAUGUGAUCCUGGAGUACUUGGACAAUGAGUGCACAAGCCUGGAGGAUGUUUGUGACUACAUCACACAGACCUGACAAACCAACACCAGCUACAGAUUAUUUCCGUAUGCAAUUUGUAUUUCUGUCAAUAAAAGGUUCUGCUGAAAUGUUUA